UGAACAGCGCGAGGGUUCGCAUGAAGCACGUGGUUCACAUUAUUAUUUGACACACGUUAUUAUUUGCGCGCGCACACACCGCAGCAGGCUCGCCUUCGUGACACGCGCACAUCUGACACACACCGUCUUUAAUCAGAUGCGAUCUGAUUUGGGAAAGAAAGCUUUUCUAAUCAUCUGGCACAACCACACCGAGGAAUAUCUGGAGAAGCCAUCAGCACUUUGGAACACAGAAAAUGGCAAACAACACCACCUGUCCUUCAAUUGAUGACUUCCGCAACCAAGUUUAUUCUACUGCCUACUCCAUCAUCACCAUUUUUGGCCUGGUGGGUAACGGCUUUGCAUUGGUGGUGCUCAUCCGGACCUACCGCCAAUCCUCUGCCUUCCAUGUGUACAUGCUGAACCUGGCAGUGGCGGACCUGCUGUGUGUGUGCACGCUGCCUUUCCGCGUUCUUUACUAUGUGCAUAAGGGCCAUUGGACACUGGGGGACUUUCUGUGCCGCAUCAGCUCGUAUGCGCUUUAUGUCAACCUCUACUGCAGCAUUUUUUUCAUGAUGGCUAUGAGUUUUACACGUUUCUUGGCCAUAGUAUUCCCUGUGCAGAAUCUGCGCAUGGGCACUGAGCGACGGGCUCGAGUGGUCUGCGCUGGCAUUUGGGUCUUCAUCUGUGCCACCAGCUCUCCGUUCUUGCUCUCUGGUCAGCACUUUGAUCCAAAAACGAACAAAACCAAAUGCUUUGAGCCACCAGAGGAAUCUAGCAGCCUAAAAAAGCUGGAGGUGCUCAAUUAUUUCUCAUUGGUGGUGGGGUUUCUCGUGCCCUUCCUAGUAAUCCUGGUCUGCUAUGUUGGCAUUGUGCGGGCAUUAUUGGGCAACACUAAUGCAAUGAAGAGGCAGCAAAACACACGUACCAAAGCAAUCCGCAUGAUUGUGGUUGUCAUGCUUGCAUUCUUGAUCAGCUUCAUGCCCUACCAUGUGCAACGCACUGUACACCUCCACUUUAAGAAGCAAGGUGCCUCAUGUGAUGAGAUCAACUCCAUGCAGAAGUCAGUGGUGAUCACACUGUGCCUGGCUGCUGCAAACUCCUGCUUCGACCCCAUGCUUUACUUCUUUUCGGGGGAGAAUUUCCGUAAUAGGCUCUCCACUUUCCGCAAGGCAUCAGUAAAUUCCCUGAAUAUGAAGCGCAACCGCAAUUUGCCAUCAUCUGCCCAUCCUUUACAGCAGAGCGAGCAUGAGAAAUGCAUUAGCUCGAGCAAACUGGGGUAGAAAUGAAGAUAACAGUGCCUCCUAGCUAAAAGAAUAGGAAAGCAAUGAGAAAGCAGGGUGUGGUUGGAUUUUAUUUGAUGUCAUUAAUAAAUGGCAUUAACCCUGCCAUUAAGUUUAACCCUAACCUUUUCAUACGAAUUCAGUUGUAAAAACGGCUCCCUUAUGGAAUUAAAGAGACUCGUUGAACUGUUACUUAUUGUGGUAAAUCAGGAUUAACCUGAAGUUAAAGGUAGGGUGGUCGGUGAAGGAAGUGCAGUAUUAUUAUGGUUUAAGAAGUCAUUCAACAGGAUUAUUGAACUUUCAUUUUCUGUAUUUUAAUUAGCAAAAAAAUUAAAUUGAAAUGAAGAUAAAGGCUUAUACAGAGUGUAUAUAACUAAUUAUAAACAGACUAAUGCACAAAACAGUAGCGUGCUUACAAAAUAAUGCAUAUACUGAUUUAUUGAUGCAGCUUUCAAACUGUAAGUGUCAGAUUGUUUGGUCAAUCUGCUUUUUUGUGUUCUAUUAAUAUAUGUUCUUAUUAUUAAUGAUUAGGGCUAUCAUACUUAUAUUUUACAAUGUAUUUACUGUACAUAUGUUAAUGACUGCAAAUGUUAAUGGUUUGUGUAUGCAUUGUGCAAAUACUCAAGGCAUAUUUAUAUACAACUUUUUUAUACCAGAUACCCAACAGCCUCAUUCACAUCUAGGGUCAAAUCAAAGAUGCCAUAAACCUCCCAUGUUAUUUGGGACAUGGGUAUUGUAAGAUAAGCCAAACUCAAAAAAAAAAAAAAAAAAAAAAGACUUGUGGUCUCUGGAUCUUAAGCUAACAUUGACCUGUUAUUGUAAACCAUUUCUGUUGUAAGGUAUAUUCUAAAUGUUAGGAAAGGAAGGGUUUGGAGCAGUAUGAGUUUUUUUUGGUGUGGAUUUUAAGCAGUAGUCUGGCUGGAAAUUUUGCUGAGACCUGGCAACUCAGUUCAAAAGGUUAUAUUACUACAGUGGACUGUUAUUAGUGCGUCAUCAUUAAGUUCAGGUUGUAUUUUACCGACAUCUAGUGGCUGAAAUGGUAACUCCAUAAAAUUCUAGAUUUGAACGGUACAUUUCCCUACGUCUAAAACCCCAUACAACCUCCUUCAUCCCAAAUCAACAGAUUGCUAGCCUUAGUGCUCUUUGAAUACAUGUUUUCUUGAAUAUAUGUACUAAAAUUCAAUCGAACAGUAUAAUAUGUCAUACUAUUUAGUAUAGCUGAUAGUAAUUAGUCUAUUAUAACGUAGCUUUAAUUAGAAGGUCUGAAUUUGGGGUUUAUCCGUUGCCUUAAAUAACACAAAUAUUCUGGUACUUACUAAAUUGUUUUGGUAAUUUAGAAUAUUUAAGGAUUUUGAUUUUUUAUUUUUAAAGUCCACUGAUUAGUUGUCACAGUUCACAACUUCAGAAAAUUGUUAACAUGGCGUAUGCUAUUUUAGUUUUAUUUGAAAGGUCAAACAAAUCAACGUAAAACUAAAAGUCUUUCCAAAAGACUGGUUUGUUUCUCAUUUUACUGUGACAUUUGCAAAUAUUGUAGAUCAUUUGUUUGUGUUUUUUGUACUGUUGCUGUGAAAGAAACAACAUACAAGUAAGAUCUCCAUUGAAUAUUGUACACUAUUAGGCUAUUUGUGGCAAUAAAAACUUGAAACAUUAGACAAAACCAUCUUAAGGAUUUAUCAAUGUUCUGUACCGUUUAUCCUAUGUAGGGUCUUGCAGAGCCAGAAGCCCAUCGAUGGACAAUGGGCUUGGACAGGGUGGCAACUCAUCACAGGGCACGAUUACAAACACUCAUCCACACACACUGCUUUGGACUGUGGAGAAAACCAGGGUCCCCGAAGGAAACUCCUAAAGAACAGGGAAACCAUGUAAGCUCUGUGUACACAGGGUGGAGGUGGUAAUAAAACCCCCAACCCCAGAGGUGCUAGGCAAACGCUCUAAACCCACCAAAUUCCAUUUUAUUUACAUUUACAGCAUUUAGCAGACGCCCUUAUCCACAGCGACUUACAUUUUUAUCUCAUUUUAUACAACUGAGUAAUUGAUGGUUAAGGGCCUUGCUCAGGGGCCCAGCAGUGACAGUCUGGUAGACAUGGGAAUAGUGUUAAUUUCGUCACCUAUUUUUAAUUUAGUCUUAGUCUUAGUCUUGUGCCAAAUGUCCUUGUUAGUUUUAGUCAUAUUUAGUCAUUCACAUAUCUUUUUUGUUAGUCUUAGUUUUAGUCGACUAAAAGUCCCGUCAUUUUAGUCUAGUUUUAGUCAAAAAAUUGUAGCUUGACAACAUCUGGAAUCUAUUGUAAGAAUAAAUACGAGGCCUCAUUAAAUGCAAUAAUAUCAGGAACACAAGUGUUUCAGUGGAAAUAAAUAACUUAAUGAAAAGCCUAAGAUCAAAACUGUAGGUGUAUAUGUAUGUAUUGCACACACCAUUAUUGAUGAUAUUUGGAGCAAUAUUACAUGUAAUUGUUAAACUUGAUUUCCUUACAUAUACAUUUGUUUUUAAGCCUAAUUAUUAAUUUUGAUUAUGAUGUGAUUGUGACAGGGGCGUGGGAAGAGGUUUCAGGUUGGGGGUGCUGAGUUUUUUCUGUCACCACUCUUGAAUAAGAAACAAUAUCAAGGCUAUAAAUCUUGUCAAAACUCCGCGAAUCACAAAAGUAUCAGUGAGAAGUUGAGAACACUCGUUUAAACAGUGCAUACACUCGAACUUGACUGCACAUGACAUUUUUUACUUUAUUGAUGCUGCUUUUAAUCGUAAUGCAAAGACCGGUCAUCGGGACAUAAGCUGUCAUGUACAAUAAAAGAGCCUGCGCAGCGACAGGAAAUAUAAUUUAACACAAAAAGCCACCUAGACGGUGGACUUACGCUCAGGAGUUUUUUUUUGUUUGUUUGUUUGUUUGUUUUUGAGCGGCGUGUGGACGAAUUCUUUCUAUGCACACACUAUUUUAUUUCUUGAUAACAGACCGCUGCGAACUAUAACACACCGUUGCCAUGAAAAAGAGCGUUGCCAUAGACACACAGGAUUCUAACCGUGGAGACGGAGCGCACUAUUUUCUUUAGAGGAAAUAAUACAAUUGUUUUUAAAUCAAUAAACUCCUUUUUAAAUCAUCA